CUUUUCCUCAUGAAGACUACUCAACGUCAGUUAUCUUCAUCUUUCACCAAACUCUGCGAGAGACUGUCCUCAUUCAGGAAUGGUGAGGACAAUAUAAGAGACUUAGAAGCUGUCUUUGCUUACAUGGAUGCAAACAAAGACGGUAGAAUCUCUGCAGAAGAACUUAAGAAGAGUUUCAACACAUUGGGAGAUCAACUUUCUGAUGAAGAAGCUGAAGCUGCUGUUAAACUAUCUGAUAUAGAUGGAGAUGGGAUGUUGGAUUUUGAGGAGUUUGCUCAGUUAAUCAAAGGGAGUGAUGAGGUUACAGAGGAAGAGAAGAAGAGCAAGAUGAUGGAAGCUUUUAGAAUGUAUAUCGAUGAAGGUGAAGAUUGUAUUACUCCUAGAAGCUUGAAGACUAUGCUGAUGAAGCUUGGUGAGUCAAGAACGAGUGAUGAUUGUAGGGUUAUGAUCAAAGCUUUUGAUCUUAAUAAUGAUGGAGUUUUGAGUUUUGAUGAGUUUGCUCAUAUGUUGAUAAGAUGAUGUGUUGAGGAAUCAGUCCAUCUAUUGUUGUUGUGGCUUUGUUUGUUUUUUUUUGUUUGAUUGCUGUAAAUAUAUAUGGCUUGGCAAGCAAUAAACAAGUAUGAUAUGUGUUUGUUUCAUAUGCAAAUCAAGCAA